UUUAGCUUUACUUAAGAAAAAAUAUGGGUGUAAAAGGCAAGUUGAUUGGUUCUGUCGAGGUGAAAUGUGGAGGACACUUGAUUCAUGAUCUUUUUCAUACUAAUACUCAUCAUAUACCCAACAUAUGUCGUGGUAAGAUCAAUCAUUUUGAGAUUCAUGAAGGUGGAUCUAUAAAAGUUGGUUCGGUAGUUAGCUGGAAGUAUAAUGACGAUGGGAAAGAUAAGAUUGCUAAGCAAGUGAUUGAUGCCGUUGAUCUUCAGAAGAAAUCAAUCACUUGGAAAGUAAUUGGAGGAGAUUUGUUAGACCUGUACAAUUCUUUCACCAUUAUUUCAUCUUGCGACAAGCAAUGGACUACAUGGACAUUUGUGUACGAGAAGAAAACUGAAGAAACCCCAGAACCACUUGUUCUUUUGGGUUUUGCCCUUGAUCUGACCAAAGAUAUCGAGGGUCACCUUCUCAAGAAAUAGAUCAUCUAUGUUAUUUGGUGGGUUUAAACACAUGCAAUAUAUAUAUAUAUAUAUAUAUAUAUAUAUAUAUGCAUGAUUUUAUACCCACUUAUGUGUUUGUUUGUGUGAUAAAUAUUUGGCAAUAUCGGCUAGUUCUUGCUAGCAUGUGAAAUAAAUAAUGUUGUGUAUGAAAAACAUAUAUUAUAUAUGCCACUCUCCUUCUGUGAAUGUAUUUCUAUUUUCUAAUAAUAAUGAUCAAUAUAUGUAAGAUAUUCUGAAA